UUACUGCCGAGUGCUGCCUCCCCAAAGUCCCAUACACACGCAGACACACACACACACUAAUACUACUACUACUACUACUACCGGGUGAGUAAGUAAGUAGCAGUAGCAGUAGAUGUUGUUGCAACUUAGAAGUCGACAAUUUUUUUAAUUUUUUUUUUUUAAAUUUGUGUCUUUCUCCAUUUCAUCUCACGCGAUCUCCUCAAAGCUUCCCAAAUUUGGAUUCCUUUUGAAUCAAACACAUUCUUCACUCUCUAACACCCACACUCUCACGCAGUUCAUGUAUGCACAUCUACGCCAUUAUCAUCUGCGAACUAGGGUUCUUUUUUUCUUUUAACCUUUUUAGCAAGUUUUCGCAGUAGAUUAGAAAUUAAAUCUCGGUGAGCGCCAGUCUGCUCAAGCUAUGUGAAAGCGUACAACUUGGAGGAAAAAGAUCAGUGUAGCAGGAUCAUUUGGUUAGUUGUCUUCUCUUUUUUCUAUUUUUUUUUCCUUUUUCUUGAGCGGAAAAUUCCGAGAGAGAUACCACCAAGAGUACAAGAUGAAAUUUCCGGAGAAAGUUAAAAAGGCUUCACGGAUAAAUAGUGAAGUAUCAUAACUUUCAAUGAAGCUGGAAUUUUGGGUACGUGUUCAAUUUUGUUUUGGCUCAGAAUGCCUAUAUUGUUCGAUUAGUUUUGAUGAAAAGGCCAAAUAUGAGGCAGAAGUGUGAAAAUGUGCUGGGUAUAUGAGUAGUUCUUGAGCCAAGAAGAGGAGAGUGAAGCACUUCGAGAUCCUGUUUUUCCAGUCUCUAAAAUACUCUCAGGAAAUUCUUCAUUACUUUAGUUUUCUUCAUUCUGGAUUUACGUAGGCCUUUCUGAUUUUUCUUGAAGCUUUGGAAAGGCGUGUUCCACAUUCAUUUUUGGGUUGACUUGGAAGAAGACUUGUUCCCAGGUCCCCCUAAAAGGAGAAAGACUUCCAUUAGAGUCAAGUGGGCAGAUGCAUUCACGACUGAUCCUGCACUAAUCCUGAAGCAUUGACUUUGCAUGCCAAGUGAACAGCUAAACAGCAUCAGAAAAUAUGCCUUCAUGGUGGGGGAAGUCAUCAUCAAAAGAAGCAAAGAAAAAACCAACAAGAGAAAGCAUUAUUGACACAUUACACCGGAAGCUUAAGUUUCCAUCUGAAAGUAAAUCUACUGGUAGAUCAGGAGGGUCUAGAAGACGGAGCAGUGACACAUUUUCUGAAAAAGGGUCUCAGUCCAGAGCGGAAUCAAGGUCACCAUCACCUUCAAAGCAUGUAUCAAGAUGCCAGAGUUUUGCCGAAAGGCCACAAGCCCAACCACUUCCCCUACCAGGUCUGCGACCUGCAAGUGUACUGCGCACUGAUUCAGGAAUCAGUUCUUCAGGAAAGCCAAAAGUGGAAAAGAGCUCCAAGCCAUCAUCAUUUCUUCCACUUCCAAGGCCUGCCUGCAUACGGCAUGUAACAGAUUCUGCAGAGUUAGAUGAAGAACUGGUCAUUGCUUCUAUUUCUAGUGAAUGCUCCAUUGAGAGUGAUGAUCAAACAGACUCACGCCAGCGUAGUCCUCUGGAAUCUGACUAUGAGCUUGGGAGCAGAACUGCCACUGGCAGCCCCUCAAGCAUGAUUAUUAAGGAUCAGUCUCCAGUAGCACUGAAAAGCCCAAGAGGAUCACCUGGAGCAGUUGAUCUUUUGACUCAUAAAAGUGUGUUGUCUUCACCGCCUAAAAGAAGACCUCUUAGUAGUCAUGUCCCCAAUCUGCACGUUCCCUGUCAUGGUGCCUUUUGCAGUGCUCCAGAUAGUUCAAUGUCAAGUCCUUCUAGAAGUCCAAUGAGAGCUUUCGGUAAUGACCAAGUUACAGGUUCUGGAUUCUGGCUUGGAAAGCCCUAUCCAGACCUUCCGUUACUUGGAUCUGGCCACUGUUCAAGUCCGGGCUCAGGUCAGAAUUCUGGACAUAAUUCAAUGGGAGGUGAUAUGUCUGGGCAACUAUUUUGGCAGCCUAGUAGGGGCAGCCCUGAGUACUCUCCAAUUCCUAGUCCCAGAAAGACAAGUCCUGGUCCUAGUUCCAGAAUUCAUAGUGGAGCCGUCACCCCAAUUCAUCCAAGAGCUGGAGGGGGAGCACAUGAAUCACAGACAAACAGGAGCGAUGAUGGGAAACAACAAAGUCACCGUUUGCCACUUCCUCCUGUGACAAUUUCCAACUCUUCACCUUUUUCUCAUUCAAAUUCAGCUGCAACAUCUCCCUCAGUACCACGUAGUCCAGGCCGAGCAGAAAAUCUUGCAAGCCCUGGCUCACGCUGGAAAAAAGGAAAGUUGUUGGGGAGAGGCACUUUUGGACACGUUUAUGUUGGUUUUAACAGUGAAAGUGGUGAAAUGUGUGCAAUGAAGGAGGUCACAUUGUUCUCAGAUGAUGCAAAGUCCAAGGAAAGUGCAAAGCAAUUGGGACAAGAGAUUAUUAUGCUGAGCCGUCUGAGGCAUUCAAAUAUUGUACAGUAUUAUGGGUCUGAAACGGUUGGUGAUAAGCUAUAUAUAUAUUUGGAAUAUGUAUCUGGUGGUUCCAUCUUCAAGCUUUUACAAGAAUAUGGACAAUUUGGAGAAUCAGCUAUACGCAGUUACACUCAACAAAUUUUGUCUGGUCUUGCAUAUUUACAUACAAAAAAUACUGUCCACAGAGAUAUUAAAGGGGCAAAUAUCCUUGUGGACCCGAAUGGUCGUGUUAAGUUGGCAGACUUUGGUAUGGCAAAGCAUAUUACAGGGCAAUCAUGUCCAUUAUCUUUUAAGGGAAGCCCAUACUGGAUGGCACCUGAGCUGCUCAUUCAGGUUAUAAAAAAUUCGAAUGGUUGUAAUCUUGCUGUUGACAUCUGGAGUCUUGGAUGUACUGUCUUGGAAAUGGCUACUGCUAAGCCACCUUGGAGCCAGUAUGAAGGGGUUGCUGCCAUGUUCAAAAUUGGGAAUAGUAAAGAACUUCCUGCAAUUCCUGAUGACCUCUCAGAGGAAGGAAAGGACUUUGUGAGGCAGUGUUUGCAGCGGAAUCCACUUCAUCGUCCUACAGCUGCUCAGCUUUUGGAUCACCCAUUUGUGAAAAAUGCUGCUCCUUUGGAUAAACCUCUUGCAUCUACUGAUCCAACAUCUGUGGUUGCCAAUGGUGCAAAGUCUCCGGGGAUUGAACAUGGUAGAAAUCUCCCAACAUCAGAAUCAGAAAGGCUUGCUAUACACUCUUCCAGAGUAUCAAAAUCCAAUUUCCAUUCCAGUGACAUCCACAUCCAAAGGAAUAUAUCUUGCCCAGUCUCUCCAAUUGGAAGCCCUCUGUUACAUCCAAGGUCACCUCCACACCUAAAUGGGAGGAUGUCUCCUUCACCUAUAUCAAGCCCUCGGACCACAUCGGGCUCAUCAACACCACUAUCAGGGGGUGCUGGUGCUGUCCCUUUUCAACAUCUUAAUCAGUCAACGUACCUGCAAGAAGGUUUUGGAAGUGUUCCUAAGACUCCACAAAGUCCCUACAUCAAUGGCCCCUUGUAUUGGGAUUCUGAUAUGUUUCGGGGAAUGCAGGCUGGAUCUGCUUUUCGGGAUCUUACAUCUAGUGAAAAUGAUGCUCUGUCAAAGCAGUUUGGAAGGCCUGUUUUUGGAGAACUUCAUGAUGGACAGUCAGUAUUAGCAGAUCGUGUGUCUCAGCAGUUGUUAGGGGAUCCAGUGAAAUUGAAUCCAUCUUUGGAUCUUAACUCACGAUCCCGGUUGACCGGCCGCACAAAUGGAGUAUAACUUGAUUUUCUUUUCGAGGCAUUUCUCUUCGGGAUGCUUACCCAACUGUCACUAAGUUCAGAGAAUUGCUUACAGUUCGUAAGGACAUUUGAAUUGGCAUAAUAAGGACCUUUGACC